ACCUGUCCGAGACGGGUGAGGUGUCGAGGCAGGGGGGCGGCGACGUUAAUAAUUCAGUUUCUACACCCAACACGAGUUGCCGGGGUGCCAAAAAAGACACAGACACCUAUCGCGGAAGGCAACAGGUGCUACAGCGCAGGAAGGCCACACAAGUCCGUGUGAACCGCUGUCCUAAGCAGUCAUGACCAGCCAGUCAGUAGAGAACAAAAUAGAUGAAGGAACACAGAUGAGGAAGCUGGUUCCGGUGCAGGUCCCGGCGCUGCAGCCCCCCCACUAUGUGGACACCAGCACCGUUUUCGGCCAAUCAAAUACCUCCUAUCACAGCCUGGGACACUGUCUACGCACCAACAUAUUCCCAGGGGCGCCUCUGGUGUGGUCCUCUCUGGUGCAGGACUCCUAUGUGAACCACCCUCUGCCCUCCCAGCCCAUAGACCCCAAGAAGUGGUACGGCCGCAGGACCGACGACAUGGUGAGGUGGACCGAGAGGAACAUCGUGAACCAGCGUCUAAAGAAAGCUCUGACCCAGAUGGAUAAGAAGAGCGCCUGAGGACUGAGGAGGGGGGCACCUGGAGGGCAAAUGGCCUAACGCCAAAAUAUGUAUGUGGGUGGGUUGGUGUGUGUGCCUACACACACACACACACACACUCACGCACACACAUGCGCACAUGCACACACACUGAUAGUUACGCGUGGCCCCCAAAUUCUGCACACCCACACCAACCCACCCACCAUCACUUCAAAAUAAAUAAAUAAAUAAACAAAGCCAAA